AUGAAUCACCCGCUUCUUCCUUCCGUCCCACAGGUCAUGCGUCUACUCUGUCAUGUGCUGCGAGAAUCUCACCGCUGUCGACUACUCUUUCGGAAGUGCAACGGAUUCGUGCGUGUCAUACAGGAGGUGGUGCGUUUGACCGGCCACUUUGCGCCCCAGAACCUCACUGCCGCGGAUAAUUCCACCCCAAUCACUGACCCGAUCUCCCCACAGUUACUUACCAGCGAGUCCAAACGCCAAUUGCUCCUGCUGGUCAAGGCGGUCAUUGCUGUCCUCACCCUGGCCAUGACCUUUGAACCCGCCAGUGCGAAACACUUUGCUGUAGAGGUAAGUCCCCCACCCUCUCUCUCUGUUGUAUCCUUUCAUGUGAUGUAG